GCAUGCAGGCAGUCGACCGCUGCAAAGUGUUGAGCGCGGGACAGAGCCGGUUUAGCCCCACAGCACUCCUCAUCUGUCCAAGAGAAGAAACCCCCCCAAAACCUCUACUGUGAGGCGCUCACCCCCACUCAUCCCAACCAAUAAUGUGAAAAUCAGACGGGGGAGAAAAAAAAAAAAAAAAGGACUGUCAGAUGUUCAAACUAAUCGUCGCUUCAUCACACUUGAGCGCCGUCUAUUUCCAACACUGUCCCACAGCUCGCAGUCAGGUUGCAGUAGGAUAUCCACAAGGAUACCUGGUGUGAGAUGCGGCAAUGUCCCGAGGAGCAUGCCCACGCGUAAACUCUUGCGGAUCCUUUUGGAUUUUGUCGCUGGUGGUCGUGUUUGCGGCGAUCGGCGCGGACGCGUACAGCUGUCAUGAAGUGAGGACCGCUUUCCAGCUGCGGCAGGUCGGACCGCUGCACCGCGUACCGGAGACACCUGGCACAGAUGUGGAUCUGUUGGUUUGUAAGCACCAGGGUCCGUCAUGUUGCACCAGAAAGAUGGAGGAGAGCUACCAGUUUGCUGUAAAGCGAGAAACCCUCCACAACAUUCACUCCUACAGCUAUGAGCUCGAGCAUCUCAUCUCCGGCCACUCGGAUGCCUUCCAGGACAUGUUCCAGUACCUUCUGUCCUUCUCUCAAGGCCACCUGAGUUCAUUACUGGAAGGAUCCUACUCGUCCCUGUCCCGCCAUGCCCUGCCCCAUGUCAACCAACUCUUCUCCUCACUCUCCCUCUACCUCCGGGGGGCCAACGUCUCCGUGGAGGCAGCAGUCCACCAGUUUUUUAACAAUAUCUUUCCGCUUGCCUAUACGCGCCUUAUCAACCCAGGCAUCGAGGGCAGCAUGAUGGUGGGCGGCGACAUGGGCGACUGUCUUCGUAUGAUCAGGCAGGACGUCAACCCCUUUGGGCCUCAUCCGGCCGUCAUGGCCCAGGAGCUGGCCGGGGCGCUGGGGGCCGGACGACAGCUAGGUCUGGCCCUGGAAGAAGGUCUGGAGGUGAUGAACGCUACCGAACAUGCCAGCCUGAGCAAAGAGUGUGUAAAAGGCCUCGUGAAGAUGGUUUACUGCUCCCACUGCAGAGGUUUGACGCUGAUCAAGCCCUGUGUGGGCUACUGUCUGAAUGUAAUGCGCGGAUGCUUGGCCAGCGUGUCAGAGCUGGAUCAGCCUUGGCGGAGGUAUACCAGCUUGUUGGAGCAGCUAACCCACGCCAUGGCCGGGCAUCACAGCCUGGAAUUAGCCCUGCUAGGGGUCAGGGGGCACGUUGACGAGGCCUUGCUCUACGCACAGCUCCACGGUCCACUCAUCACUGCCACGGUGGACAAGGUGUGUGGCCUGACUACGGGCGAACCUACAGGCAUGCAGCCUACGAGCCCAGAGGUCACAACCUCUAGCGUGACCUCAUCUUCUCCUCUUCCAUCUGCCGCCCCCUCCCGCCCUUUACCAGAGCAGUGGCCGGCGCAGCUAGCCCACUUAAGGAGCUCAUUCCCCCUGAAACCUUCCAAGAACAAUAAACAUAGUCUGAGAACGCUCUCUAGGGAGUUCUUGAUGCACCUGCAGCGCUAUAAGUCCUUCUUUGCGGCAUUGCCAGAGAUGCUGUGUGAAGGCGAGAAUGUAGUGGAUGACUCCACUUGUUGGAGCGGAGAUGGUGUGGUGGAAAGCUACACAGGCAGAGUUGUAGGAAAUGGUCUGCAUGCCCAGAGGCAAAACCCAGAGGUCAAAGUUCGCAGCGUGGAUCCUGCAGUGGUGGAGGUCAAAGAGAGGUUGGAGAACUUCAACCAGGAGACCCAGGAGAAGUUUCCAAAACUGGGCCAGAUGGAGGCCUGGGAUGAGCUGGGCAGUGGGGAAACAGAGGAGGGCAGCACCACAGACUGUGAUGAUGAAGACGGUUGUCAGUCCUCAGGAGACGGUCAGGAAAAGAACUUACACACAGAAGUCUCCAGCGAAGGGAAGCCAAUUGGGAGACAGCCUGGAGGUAGAAGCCCACAAGAAAACCCCUCUAAGCCCCCUUCGGUGAGGGUGAUAGGGGGAUCGCCGUCUGCCAGCUGGGCUCGACCCUGGAGCCUCGCGCUGCUCCUCUCUGGACUUUGCCUGCAGUGGAUCCUGUUCUGAUGCCAGCAGCAGCGUCUGUGAAUCAACCCUCACCCAUGCCCCUUUAGGAACCUACAUGCACACAGACAUUCAUAGCAUUUACAUAUCACAAAUAUAAUCCUUACUCCUGUCCUCAGCCUACGCGGAUGGACGGUAAUGAAGGAACAGUACAAACGGAGAGCAGGGCAGGUCGUGGACUAGCGUUCUCGGAGACUGUAGAUGGGAAAGGGGGCUAAUGCAGGAACCUGUCGUCCUGCAGCAUCACCAACGCGGGUGUUUGCACAAGCUGAUUCCAUGUACGCUCAUCUAUAAAGAUAAAGCUUUCCACUACGUUUGGCAUGUUUGCGUGUGCAGACGCAAAUAAAGCCCCUCGCAGCUCCUCGCUUCACUCACACAAACACAGCCUUUGUGAUUCAGAACGGGACUGCGCCUUUCUGAUUUUACUUAAGAACACUUAUAAACAAAUCACUUACACGCAUUUUACAUACACCAGAACAGCUGUCUUCUUUUUUUUUCCUGCUGCUGGUUUUUACUUAUCUGCUCGAGCUCCCAAACCUCAUCACCGUUUGCCAGCCAGGCAGAAGAAUUCAGCUCAUUUGAAAACUCAGCUCAUUUCUUUUUUGGAGGAUUAAGGAAUGCAUGAUAGACUGAUAGAUCAGUCCCAGGUGCCUGGCCCAGAACAGCAGAUUUGAUAUACUCUAAUGACUGUGUACCUUGGCAGGGAUUAGAAUGUAAUGAGUUCACAGGUACAGCGCAGGCACACUUGCACGGCUGAACAUAUUGUGCAGAUAAACUAGGUGUGUAUAGUAUGUAAUUGUAUAUAGGCGGAAAGAUUUUGAAAGGGAGCGUGUGAGGUUAUGAUCCUGAAAAAAAGCUCUUAUCUGAUGGAGCUUAUUGGGUUUUUAAUUCUUUUUUUUCUCUCUUUCUGUUAACUAUGAAUGGGCCUGUCUGCUCCAUACUACACAGAAAACAAUGCAAAAAAAAAAAAAAAAGAGUUUUAAUGUCUGUCAAAAAAAAACUAUAGCAGGAAUGUUUAUCAUUUUUCCACCUCGAGGCCGUGACAUAAAUGGACAAUUUUGGACAUUUGAACAAAGUCUGUACAUUGUUGAUUUUACUAAUGUUUAUUGUGCAUCCAGUUGUGUGUGUUUGCUCGUUGACUUGCACAAUAAUGCAUGUGUAACAGACAAAGUUGUCGUGAUAGAAUUGGGUCCUUCUACAGAAAGCAGAAAAUAACACAGAUUCUAAAACCUUUUUCCAUCAUUUUUGUUCACUGAUGGCACGACGUCAGGUUUUCUCUUCUAAACGAUGGUUGAGGAAAUCAAAAGGAAGGCUGUCAGAUUCACAACCAAUUUAACUCACACACACACACACACAGGAAAAAAAAAUCAUGUUAAAAUGUUUGACAAUGCUGCGUGCAUCUAUUGUUUCUUCUUGGAUUUAUCAUGUAUCGGACUAAAAAAACAAAUCCCAAAUAAUAAGCUUGGAUAUGGAACAGUUAAAAAAGCUAAAUCUUAUGUGCUUUACAUGAUUCCGCAUGAGGAUGAAGUAAAAGGGAAACAGAGUCACUUCUACAGUAGCAUCCACCGGUUUUUAUUUCUCAUAUAAGGGAGGAUGUUGUAUCUGCUGGUACCAGCACAGUACCUGUGUGAAUGAAAAUGAUGAAUGUAUGGUCAGCGCUACGCAGAUGCAGUAUAAAAGCUGACUGUGCCCUUACAGUACACAGUAUCUAAGCUAAAUAGGUCUAUACACUACAUGCAUAUACACACAGCUACACUUUAAAGCCCUGCAGUUAAUGGAAAGAUGACUACAAGAUUCUGGCAGUUUAAAUGUGCCACAUUUUUUUGUGUUCUGUAACCAUAUUUGUUUGUUUUCCUCCACGUAUGUUUUGUUCCAGACCAGCGUUCAUUGCACCCACUGAUCUCUUACAGUCCUAUACCCUCGCAUGUGUAUAAAUGUACAUAUUUUACAUCA